AAGGGAUCCACACGGAUCGACGGCAUCAUCGUCUCAGCCUCCCGUGAUAAAUCCAUCCUCCGACGGCCAAUUUGUCCUCUCCAGAAGCUGGGACGGCGAGCUCUGCCUCUGGGACCUGACCGCGGAGUCUCUACUCGCCGACUCGUAGGACACACCAAAGACGUCCUCUCCGACGCCUUCUCCCUCGAAAAUCUGCAAUAGGUUUCCGUCAGAUGAUGAAGAAGUCAAGUACAUCACUAUCUGGACUAUCUGGACUACCUUUUCCUCAAAACGUUCUAGCAGUGGGAUUAGCCAACUGCGUCUAUUUGUGGAAUGCUUGUACUAGCAAGGUGAGCUUUUCUUUUCUUCCUGACUCAUUUCUUUUCUUAAAGAGUGACUUAGAAUCCUUUGCCUUGCUUCUGUUUGCGGGUUACUAUGUUAUGUGAUAUCGGGGACGACGAGAGCGUCUUCUCAGUCAGUUGGACACUACGUGCAACACAUUUGGCGAUUGGAACAAGUAGCGGAACUGUAGAGAUUUGGGAUGCGUUGCGCUGCAGGAGAAUAAGAACGAUGGAUGGUCUUCGACUACGAGUUGGAGCCUUAGCAUGGAGCUCAUCAGUUUUGUCUUUGGUAGCCGAGACAAGAGCAUACUUCAGAGAGACAUACGGUGUCAAGAAGAUCAUGUCAGUAAACUAACGGGUCACAAAUCCGAAGUAUGUGGACUCAAAUGGUAUUAUAACAACCGCGAGCUAGCAUCAGGCGGAAACGACAAUAAGCUUCUUGUAUGGAACCAACACUCAACACAACCGGUUUUGAGAUACUGUGAACACACAGCAGCGUUUAAAGCCAUUGCGUGGUCUCCUCAUCUCCACGGAUUUCUUGCUUCAGGUGGUGUCACUGCUUAUAGAUGUAUCCGUUUCUGGAACACAACGACGAACACUCAUUUAAAUUGCGUAGAAACCAGUAGUCAGGUGUGUAAUUUGGCUUGGUCUAAGAACGUGAAUGAGCUUGUGAAUACGCACGGAUAUUCCCAAAACAUAAUCGUUGUUUGGAAAUAUCUAACCAUGACUAAAUUAGCAACUCUGACGGGCACACGUUCCGUGUUCUGUAUCUUGCUGUUUUACCAGAUGGACAGAUUUAGUCUUUUAUCUUAUUUACAUAAUUCGUAUUUUUUUUUUAUUUAUCUACACUUGCAUCAACAUACUUGUCUUGUUUGUUGCCAGACGAUCGUGACAGGAGCAGGAGAUGAAACCUUAAGGUUCUGGAAUAUCUUCCCUUCCCCAAAAUCUCAGGAUAAAGAUGAGAGUUCAAAGUCCAUUCAGAAGGGAUUGCAUGUUGUAUCAUUUUCUAUUGGAAGUUCAGUCGAGUUCGUGUAUUGUGACCAGAUGAAUGAUAAGCCAGAACAUGGGUCAAGAGAGCCUGCGGAUUACGAGGAGGAGGAGGAGCUUUAUUUGGAGCCUGCAAUAAAUUUGAGAUUGUCUGAUUUAGCAUAUACACAAUUUGUAUUCUUCUAG